UGGCGACGACGAGGCCGAUGGCGAGGAUGAUGGCGUAGAAGCCGUCGUAGCCGAGGGCCAGCGCGAUGACGAUGCAGAGGACGCCCAUGGUAACGGCCAGGAUGCAGAUGAGCGUGACGAAGUGGCGCAUCUCGCGCGCGAUGGUCGUCUCGGAGGUGUCCAGCCGCGUGGUCAGCUUGGCGAUGCGGCCCAUCACCGUGUUGUCGCCGCGCUUGAUCACCACGCCGCGGCCGAAGCCCUCCACGGCGUUGCUGGUGUAGAAGAUCAGGUUCUUGGACUCCAGCGGGUUGUCGCUGCCCUCGGGACUGCGCGACUGCGGCUCCGACUCCCCGGUCAGCGACGAGUUGUCCACCUGCCAGAGACCGAGAGGAAUAUUCAUCGCCCCAUAACAGCUAGUCUGAUGCGCCACCCACCUUGAGGGUCUUGCACUCCAGGAUGCGGAUGUCGGCCGGGAUGCGGUCGCCGGCCUUGACCUCGACGAUGUCGCCUAAGACCACGUUGUCGGCGGAGAUCUCCUUGAUCUUCCCGUUGCGCAGCACGUUGGCGCUCUGCGGCAUCAUCUUCUUGAAGCCCUCCAUGAUGGCCUCGGACUUGGCGUUCUGGUAGUACAGGAAGCCGCCCGUGAUCAGCACCACGCAGAUCAGCACGAUGCCCAGGGCGCGUCAUCCGAAGUGCCCACCUAGGAGAAAGACAGGUCAACCCUGCAUAAAUGGCAAGCAGUGCGGGAAUUGCAGAGCGUACCUGGAUCCCGAAGGCGAUGAAGGAGAGGGCGGCGCCGAUCUCCAGCAAGGGCGAGAAUCCCCCGACGAAUUCUGUGUAAAGACAACCGACAACGUUUACUGCAUUGUUGAAGAAAAGAAAACGUGGCGGACGUACCGCGAAGGAUUUUGACGAUUUCCGGGACCUGUUUGGGCGGCGUGAGCAUGUUCUUGCCGUCGCGCUGCAGACGCUUGGCGGCCUCCUCUUCCGAUACACCCUGCAAUGGUCAUCGUCACCCCGUUGCAACUUGGAAAGGAACAAAGACGAUGACACCGUACCGUCUGCGGAUUGACGUCCAGCUUGGCGAAGAGGUCAUCUAGCGGCAGCAUGUGCUCGUCCUGCAAUCGAAUAUCAGCAAUGUGCGUCGGGGGACUGAAGUGCUACUCGUGCAAGUUCGGCGACGAUGCCAACCAGUGUCAGGGCGCCGGAAGUGGCAAGGUGCAGGAGUGCCCGGCUUCGAGCAAGGUCUGCCAGAUCGGCGUCGGACUGCGCCACGUGCCCGCCAAGAACAACCAAGUCGCGCCGGUGAUGGGGCGGCAGUGCGGGAACGACAGCGAGCAGAACCAGCGGCUGUGGUCCAAGGCGGUCGCGGCCGGCGUCAAGAUGAUCUGCGAGAUGAUCCCGCGCUCCGAGAAGGACGCCGGCCUGCGCGGCAUCGACCGGCGCUGCGUCUGCGCCACCGACACCUGCAACGGCGAGAUCUGGGACGAGGUCAUGGUUGUACCCUGCAUGAAGACCAACUGGAAAGACGGCGAGGACCCGGAAACGGCCACGCUGGGAACGAAUUCGCUAAACAACGUCAACGACAGACUAAAUAAAGGCGAGGACGGACUGGGUUUGGGAGCGAUUAUCGGGAUUGCCGUGGGCGCGGUGCUAUUCUUGGCGCUGAUGGCGUUCGUGGUGUGGUACAUGUUCUUGCGGAAGAAGAAGGAGCCGGAGGAAGAGGAGAACGAGGACGACAAGAGCGGCGCGACUUCCGGCGCGUCGGGACGGACAUGGGACGAGGAGGAGGAUCCCGACACCGGCCUGAAGAAGUACAAGACGGAGCUGAAGCCCACCGAUUAAUUACCCAGCUGCACCGUACCGCAGCGGUUAAGUAAUGCACUGCUUCCCUUUGCCGGUGGACUGCCUUAAUUGCCGCUGGGAUAGCUGCUCGCUACACUGCAAAAUGGACGCUGAAAGAACCUGCUUCCGGUCCACGCUUGUUAGUCGGAAGUCAAUGCAGUGCCGCAGCGACAGGCUGACAACUGGCCGAUCGGCACAGCGGGUCUGUAGUUAUCCCGGAUGACCUUUGCGGUGUCGCUGGAAUGGAAUACCGGCCGGUCACGGGACUCUGCGCCGCCGGGUCCAGAGAUACGCUGCACGAUCCGGAUGUCCAUCGGCCGAUCCAGUAACGAAGCAGUACUGCCAGCUGCAGAUACCCGUGUUUACAAAGGUCAUCACGACGAGACAAGGCGGGGCCUGCGGGUGUUUGCCAUCCAUGCACGAUGUAGUCCGUGGCUGAGAGAUAAUGUUAUUUACUAAAUUGGCGAUUCUUGUUUGUACUCUGUAUUAUAACCUUUUGUCGAGUGUUGCCGACGCGUAUACGUAUGACCUGUAUGCCGAUGAACAAAUGUACGGGGUCUUUUUUAUCAUUUUAUUGUACAAAAUGGCUUAUGUACGGAAUUGCAUUUUUUCCGGGAUAUAAGUUUCUAUUUUCUGGGCCAGCAAGAAAAGCACAUGCUUCUUGUUGCAUUUUAUUUUAUUUUUUUGGAAGUAUUGUGCUGGCCGCAGGUUCAAGGUCAUCGCUAAGGAAGAAAA